AGGCCCAAGCUUGCGAGGGCUCGCUCAGCCUUGAGCCAAAGUCAUAAAUUCAACAGCGCAAUGAGGCAUGAUAGGAUGGAUCCCAAUGCAGAAGUUCUAUGGCAAUGAGAGGCGGAUUGCGUGUUCACCGGUCCAUGAACACAUAGAGGUGAUGUUUCAGCGAGCAGUCCUAUGUCAUUCCACGCUGCGUGGCACUGCUUUCAAGGCUUGCUCUGGCCCACUAUGUACCGCCGCGCGAAGCGUUGCGCGAGUUCGCAUCAAUCGUUACACUGGAGUGAAGGCAGUGAAGAAAAGCCCUCCUAAGACGGAAUGGCAGGCAGCUGCCGAGAAACAGUUUUUGCAGAUGCGCUCGCGGAUUCCAAAAGAUGAGCUCAUGUGGGGCUUGACGCCUGACGACGUGCAACAUCUAUCUCCAGAUAUGCGGAAGUGCCUCACGCUGCGCUGCGCCAGCUCAAGGGAAAUCUCCGGCUGGAGAAAGCAGCAGCUGAUCCGGAAGUUCCAGCGACGGCCCUUUGAUACCAACAGCCCCGCGGUGCGCAUCGCUACGCUCACCGAGAAGAUCCUGCGACUCCGAGCGCACUUGUUGAGAACGGAUCUUGGCGGCAUGCACGCAGAGGCUAAGCGUGCCCUGAGGAUGUACUUGACGCGCCGAACACAAACAAUGAAGACAUUAUACAAGUCGGAUUACACCCUGUAUCGCUAUACCUGCAUGGAGCUGGGCAUCAGAUGCGUGCGCUUCGCGAUUCCUCUACCAUCGUAUGACCCGCAGAAGAUGCUGAAUCCGCAAGCGGUGGAUGGCGAUCACGCCAGAUGGCUGAUCCGGCAGCGGCUGUACAAGGCAAGGCACCGGCCCCGCGAAGUACGAGAGCCGGGAACAGAGCGGCGCAUCCGCUGGACCCGUCAUCCGCUGGAGACAGUCCCGGAAAGUCACGGCAGGCCGAAGCCGACCCAGCAACAAGUCUCCUGCGCGUGGCCACAUGGUGUCCGACAAGAGCGAGUCGAGGGAAAACAGGUCAUUUAUAAUCCAACAGCUCCCGGCAGAGGCUUCUGGCCUGCCAAACAAAAGAUUGUUGGCGGUCGCACGCCAGAACCUGAGUGAGCAAACGGUGCAGGAGUG